CGUUCCAGGCUGCUUCUAACUUUAGCCAUCAUCCAUCACCAAGGUUACUUUUGCAAUGCUUUGCUGGUCAUCUGUGCGGUUUAAAGUCAAUCAGUGUAUUUUGGAAGACUGCUAUUUAAAAUGAAUCAAUGCAUUCUGAAAGAAUAGAUGAGAGGAUAUAAUAUAUUUAUCUAAAUGGAGAUUACUCGAACCAGACCAUCGCUGUUUGGAGAUAUAGCCCACGGCCUGGGGUUCUGGACGGAUCGCUCGGCAGUGCACGAGGCGGCAGCCCAGGGCAAGGCCCUCCAGCUGCAGCAGCUGAUCCAGGGCGGGGCCGCGGUCAACAUAGUGGCAGUGGACUCCAUCACCCCCCUCCACGAGGCCUGCAUACAGGGACAGACACAGUGUGUCCAGCUGCUGUUGGAUGCCGGUGCUCAGGUGGACGCGCGGAACAUCGACGGCAGCACCCCUCUGUGCGACGCCUGCGCGGCUGGCAGCCUGGAGUGUGUGAAGCUGCUCAUACAGCACGGGGCUGCGGUCAACCCCCCUCUUUUUACCUUCACACCCCUACAUGAGGCCUGCAUGGGAGGUAACGCAGAUUGCGUUCAGCUCAUGAUCGAUGUGGGAGCUCUGACGGAGGCCUACGACUCCCACUUUGGGACGCCAUUACAUGUAGCGUGCGCAAGGCAACACUUUGACUGUGCCAAGGUGCUCCUCAAUGCAGGGGCCAAUGUUAAUGCUGCCAAGUUCCAUGAGACAGCACUCCACUACGCAGCCAAAGUGAAGAACGUGGAUCUGAUCAAGCUGCUGAUAGAGUUUGGAGGGAACAUAUAUGCCACAGACAACCUAGGCAAAAAGCCUAUCAACUACACAAGUCCAGGCUCUCCCACCAAUAUCUGCCUAGCAUUCUAUGAAAAUACUCCCCUUAGUCUACAGCAGAUUAGCAGGGUAGCUCUGAGAAAAGCACUGGGCAGAAGAGCACUGGACUCCGUGUCCAAACUGGGCUUGCCCAAUCGCAUCGUCUGUUACGUUUUAUACCAGCCACCACCAGAUCUGGACCUGGAUAUUGACUACUUCUAAGAAGCCAUCAGAGGAAUUGACCCGGGGUCUUGUUCUUGCUAUCUUAAUAUUAUAUUGCAAGCCAGUCAGUGUAACAUUGGUUGACAAGGACUUGACGUGAUAACACAUACUGCCUGGAACUCAGGCUAGAUAGGGAUAUAAAUCGAUGUUGUAAGAUCAGCUGGUCCCAGAUCUGAUUGUGGUCUUGCCAACCUCUAUGGUCUUUGUCAUGUCAAACACACAUUGGCAAUGACUGUAGGAUGGUUCCAUUUAAUAUACAGCACAAACAGAUAUGGGACCAGGCUAGACUUCAGGGGUCCUGAAGUCAGUAUAUCUGCAGUAGUAUUAACUAUGAAAAUUAGGCACUUCGUAUUCACUGCCCUUUUUGUGGCGUUUACAGAAAAUCAAAAUGGAUUUAAUCUUUUUUGCCACUUACCAACACAAAAAGCCCAAGUGAAGAAUAAAAUCAGCAAAUUAUUUUAAAUGAAUUACAACAUAUAAACCAGAAAAUAAUAGAUUGCAUAAGCAUUCAUCCUGUAUCCUUUAACAACCAGUUGUCUUUAGACAUAAUUAGUUGAAUGGAAUGACGACGAAGGGACAUUUGAAGCAAAUCCGUAUUUAGGUUCUUCAAACCAUAAGUAAGGGGUUGGGCAUUUCUAAUCAAUUGGAUAUACCCUAAAGUCCAUAAUAAUGAAAUAGAGAGAAUAUGGUACAACUGUGAAUCAGUCUGGAACAGGCCGUCCUCAAAACACUUAUCUGGGUUAGAAGGGCACUACUCAGGGAGGACACCGACAGGCCUGUGGCAACUCUGCUGGAGUUAGUCUUCCACGGCUGAGCUGGAGGACACCGAGCACACUGCAACAAUAGCCCAGGUGCCUUACAGAAGUGGCUUUCAUUAGUGGCAAAAAGAAAAUAAUGACAUUAUAUGGACUUUUUUGUGUUGUUGAGUGGCAAAACUAUAUUGAAAAGUCCAAGAGCGAGUAUAUUUUCAGAGCCACUGUAUGCUAGAAAGUAUAAGGCCCGGAUGCAAACAGUGUCACAAGGAGAUCAGCGUUAGGGCACAGGUCAAAUCCUAAAGGGAUUUGCGAUUGAGCAGACUUAUGAAGUGUUUACCAUGACAAGUGAAUCAGGGAACACUGCCCUUGAAUUUGUAUUGCUCUGUAAAGAAAAUCUCCCAUGGUACAGAUUUUGUUCGAGGCACCAGCAUUUGAAUAAGCAUUGUCUUAGCCUCACUUGCUCCAACAUCUGUUUGGGAUGUCCUCUGUUGCAAGGCGUCGGGCUGAAUAAAUUCCAGAUUUUUAGGAUUUUAUAAGCUUUUAGGAUUGUAUAAUUGUAUGUAAAUAUCAAAAGUAUAUUUAUUUUGAAUAAUGUUUAUAUAAACUCUGUAAAUACAUUUUUGUUGAUAUCUGUGAACUCCAAUAACACUGCAAAUGUAAGUAGCCAAAUACAAUAACAUUUUGUUCAGUGUUGUAUUUUGUUUUUUGCUCUAUGCUUAGUUGUAGUGUUUGACAUGUGGCCGUUGUUACAAAUGUCAAGUACACCUCGUAUACCGCCUGUUAUUGUAUUCAAUAAUAUUACAUUAUGUUCAAUUUUUUAAAGCAUUUCUUGGAAUGAUUUUAUCAGGCAUUAAACUGACUGCAUCCUUUAAACAUGCAUUAAUUAAACCUA